AUGAUAUACUCCUUUAAGUUUGCUGCUUUCUUGAUCGCAUUUGCACAGAUAUCAUGUGUGUCGUCUUUUGUGCGAGAAGGACAUCUUGAUCUGGACGGUUACGUAAGUAAUUCUUGUUCUUUACGUGAAAAACUUCUUUAGUAAUAGAAUUCUAUGUUCUUCUGUAUGAUUUCCUUUCAUCAACUUUUCUGAAAUGAUUCGACUGCACAUGCAGUUCUUUCAUCGUAAUAGAUUCCUUUUUGCAGAAUUUUGCUUUCCUUGCAAGCUUCUGUGGCAACUACACCGGACCAGCUGUUCAGUAUAAUUUUUCAUAUCCCAAG